UUUGCGCCGAGACGAUCCCUGAAACACUCAUCAUGGCGACGAAAGCCGCGAUGGACAUGGGGGCGAGCUUUGAGCCUGGAAAGCUGCUGCCGUCCGGCAAGAAGUCGUACACGGCCGCCGCCGUCUUGGCUGUGAUCCAGGAGCGAGCACAAGCCGAAGGGGGCGACCAGAGCACCGCAUCGCGUCGAAAGAGCAGGCACUGCGUCCCUCGGCUUUGUGAAGUCAUCGCACGCCCCGAGAAUCGCGCGCGGUGGGCGGAGCACCGGACGCAGCUAACCAAGCAAGAGUUGGACGCCAAGGUGACAGGCAGGACCCGCCAAGUCCUACUCGACGUUUGGAACCAGUUCAAGGACAAAGGACUGCAGGUCCCCUCCACCUUCGCCGACGACGACCGCGUGAUGGCCGCCGGCAUCGACCCCAACGUCGUGCACCAGCCGGACAUUUCUUACGACAAGUUCAUGACGAUGAAGAACGACCUCGUCAAGGACCACGGCGACAUGUACGGAAACUUCAAGAAAUCUGGAAGCAUGGGAGAGAUGUACGAGUUCUGCAAGGGAAGGCUGGACACGUACUACUACGGCCUCAUGGUCACGCAGUACCCUGAGAUCGAGCAGGCAACCACCCAGAUGCUCCCUGACGGCACGGAAAGGGAAAACACGGGGGUCGGGGGGGCGGCAGGCGGGGAGGGUGGCCCCGACGCAGCCGCGGCCGACGCCAGGAGGAGGACAGAGGCCAAGGCGGGCGCGAAGGAGAGGAGCGUCGACCUCAGCAAGGAAAAGAAGAAGAAACAGAAACAGGAGAAGGAUAUCGAGCACGUCACGAGGGUUGCCAUGACGGCGGCGAAGGACACACUGGGUCUUGGGGCGGGUAUUGGAUCGCUGCUGGACAUGUCUUCCGGCCCUUCCGGCCUCAAGUUCGACGACGCCCCCACCUCCUUCUUCGACACCAUCGAGGGGUGCGAUACCAAGGCCAAGAAACUCGAGUUGUCCUCUUUACUCCGCAAAGAACUUCAGGACAUCAAGGCGAGCAUCAGGAAGGAGAAAGCGUUGGGCUCGGAGGCUGACCCGGAGGACUUGGAACUUAUGGAAUUGGAGGCCAAUAGGGUGAGGGUCGCCCUAAGGAAACAGUUAGCGGAAGCCCUAUGA